AUGUCUAGCUAUGUCACAGAUCUACAGAAAAGGCUUGAGAAAGCACAUAAGUUGGCUUCAAAAGCUACAAAGAAAGCCAGCGAGAAGCAAUGGGAGCACUGUGACCAACUGGAAUGGUGCAGCAGUGAUCAUAUUAAAUCAGGGAGGGUCUCUCAAGUCAAAAUAUUGCUGAAAACAAACCCAAAACUUUCGGAGAGCUUUGCACCACGUUAUAUCGCAACGGACAGUCAUAAUCACAUUUCGGUGUCAGACACAAACAACAACUGUAUUCACAUUUUAGACUCCGAUGGCGUCCCUAUUACUGUGCUGAAGUGUGGUCUUGUUCGUCCCGGUGGAAUUAGCAUUGAAUGUAGUGACAACCACCUCUGGGUGGCUGAGCAGGCUGGAAAAGUGAAGAUCAUCAAGUUCUUAAAGUAG